CCUAAAUAAACCCUGGCCAGAGUCUUCCUGGUUUUCCAUCCCAAAAUGCGGCACUUCUCCUCCCUCCCGCGGGUGCUCCGCCGGAGCGCCGCCCCAAAACCCAACCGGCGGAGCCCCGCCCCGAAACCUCACCCUCCCUCGCCGUCCCCCGGUCCGGUUCCUGAUGCUCAGGCGCCCGUCGCCCCUGCGCCGAUGCCGACGAGGCCAUGGGAGGAGGCCCUGGACGUAGCACAACGCGCGUUCUGCCUGCCCCUCGCCGGCCGCGUCCUCGCCGCCGCAGGCACUGGAAACGCCGCUGUAUCCCCUGUUGGAGUCCACGCCGCGCUCUCCCUCGCGGCCUCCGGCGCGCGUGGUGCGACGCGGAGGCAGUUGCUCGGUACGUUGGGCUGCGGUGGCGGCGGCAAGGGCGCAGCGGCUGACGCGGCCAAUGUGGCGUCGCGUGUGGUCAAGCGCGUGCUCAAGGACCGCGCGAAGUCUGGUGGACCACGGCUCGCGUUCGCCUCUGGCGUGUGGGCCGACGCAUCAACGACGCUCUCGCCGGAGUUCGUCGAGACCGCUGGUGGCCUGUACUGCUCAGCGGCCAAGACGGUCGAUUUCAAGAGCACGCCAGAAGAUGCUGCUGAGCAAAUUAACUCAUGGGUCAACAAGUCCACGAGACAAACCAUUACCUCACUCGUUCCAGAUGGAUUAGUUGACCAGAAUACAGGGCUUGUACUUGGCAGCGCGCUGUAUUUUAAAGGCAGAUGGCUGGAUAAGACUGAUAUAGGGAAGACUGCUGAACAAAAAUUCUACUGUCUGGAUGGAACACAUGUCCUAGUUCCUUUUGUGGAGUAUGACAGAACUCGUCUUUUUGCUGCGCAUGACGGAUUCAAAGUUAUUAAGCUUCCUUACAAGCAAGGGAAUAAUGAACGGAAAUUUUCCAUGUACAUUUUCCUCCCAGAUGCUCAUGAUGGUCUGUUUGAAUUAACCAAGAAGAUUUUCUCUGAACCGGCAUUCUUAGAACAACAUUUACCGACGGAGAAGCGCCAUGUGGGUAUUGGGGUGCCCAAAUUCACGAUAUCUUUUCAGAUCGACAUGAAGGAUUUUCUGAAAGAUAUGACACUUGAAUUGCCAUUCCGACGAGAUGCAGAUUUCAAAGAUAUGGUAAAGGAAGGUGACUCGAAGGAGCCUUUGUUUCUAUCUGAUGUACUUCAUAAAGUGAUUUUGGAAGUGAACGAUGAUGAAAUUGAAGAAACUUCUGUGGAGAAAAGCAUAGGCAAGCCUUUACCAACAGAGCACUUCACAGCCGACCACCCUUUCUUCUUUCUCAUUCGGGAGGAAGUGUCUGCUACGGUUAUCUUCAUGGGACAUGUGCUUGAUCCUUCAUCACAGUACUAACACCAGGUUAUCACCAAAUUACAUGUAUUUGUUGCAUUAUUCUAAACUUUGGUGAUCUGGCUGAUCUUGACUUUAGUACGACAAUAGUUUGUGCACUGUGCGUGCUCCAUUUCUGGUGGCAUGCUGACCACCGUUACUUGCUCUGUUCAAUUUAAAUUAGUUAUCUCCACUGUUGUGCUAAACCAUGUGAAGACUACAUAUUUCAGUCUGUUGUGUAGAAAUUUCUAUCUAUCCAUGUGUAAUUUUUUUAUGAAUUUGGUGGUAUUGAGUGUAUCCCUUUGCGAGAAUGGAAUUAUAGCCUAGUGGUGGUUGUGGGUUG